AUGUCUUCACCUCCUCCCAACAGCACCAAGCGUCGUCGUGCCAAAGCUAACAGGACUUCCACCAGCAAACAGUCAACUCCUUCUAUGCCCCACGCCACCGCCGAUAUGGGUGAACCAUCUAUCAACGGCGAUAUGCCCUCCUCCCAAUUCUUCUCCCACCUGCACUCCUACCCCGUGGUCCAUGACUGGGUCUCAACCUUCAUGAACAACCCGUAUGGAGCCAGAGGUAUCGACCUGACCAAUGCUACCUACGCCAAAUUCGUCCGCCCCACCCUUCCAUAUUUCAAAGGCCCAUACUCCUACGUUGCACCAUACGUCUCCAAGGCCGAUGAGCUCGGUGACAAGAGUCUAUGCAAGAUCGAAGAGAAGGUGCCAAUCGUCAAGUCUGAGACCAAAGAGAUUCAGCAGACCGCCAUGGACGUCGCCCUCUGGCCCCUCAACACGCUCGGAAGAAGCAAGGAUUAUGUUCUGACGACAUAUAGCGAAGAAUAUAAGAAGUGUGGUGGUGACGGUGUCAUUGCAGGUUCCAAAGCAGCCGUCACCAGCUCGCUGGUCAUGUCCGCGGACAUCCUGAGCUGGGUCUCAUCGCUGCUCAAGGCCAAAAAAGACGAGGCUCGAGACACUGUCAAGGAGAAGACUGGCAAAUGA